GUUGCGCUUUGCUCAAAAUUCAAGUAUGUCAGGUAUGUAAGUGUGCCAGGUCAGAAUUAAUUCAGUCCGAAUUGAUGACAUUUCACGAUAUUUUGCCAUGUGUGUUUGCUGUCGAGGUUAGGCGUGUCCAUUUCCGCAAAAAUAAAAGCGAAAGCGAAAAUCCGCCCACAGUAAAGCCGCGGUGCGUUCGGACCUCUUAUCUCGCUCGUUCACUAACUUCUCGAUUUAAUUCCCCGCUAAAAAUUUGAAAUAAUGCCCACUAAAAAGGACAUCGUGAAGGACGCGCUGGAAGACCUGUCCAAGAUAAACUUCAAAAAGUUCUGUGAUGCUCUGGUGGAUCGCCGCGGUGACAGAAAGGUGGCGAAAAACAAAGUGCAGGAUAAGGACUUCAUGGACGUAACCAACGUGCUGGUGUCCUCUUUCACCGAGGACGAAACUCCAGCCGUGGUCAUCGAAUUGCUCAAGUCCAUCAAAUGCUUCGAUGAGGCCAAAAAUCUCGAGGACCUGAUUGCCGAACAUUUCCCAAAGUCAUCUGCUAGCAAAGCAACCGCAGCAACCGCAGCAGCCGCCGCAGCAGCCGGCGCUGCGGGUGAGACUACAUGCUCCAGCGAGGAGCACUUUGUGGACAAGCAUAGGACGGAGCUAAUUGAGCGCGUGACCAACAUCCCUCCAAUUCUGAACCUUCUGCUGAAAAAGAAGGUCAUCCAGGAUCCGGUCUAUGAGGAAAUCUGCGAUACAAAGGGCAACCCGGAAAAGAUGACCAAGAUCUACAGGCAGGCUCUCAAGUCUGGCAUUUGUGCCAAGGACAUUUUCUUUGAAAUCCUCAAGGAUAAAGAGCCAUUGCUCGUGGAGGACCUGGAGAAAAAAGCGUAGAUGUCUGUCCUCCUAUUUCCACUCUUUGGCUAAUUUACAGAAUUCCACUUUUCUCUACGCACGACCUUUUCCGGAGACUAAGAGUACCAAACAAAGUCAAAAUGUUCAAACAAGUGUUGUUUGAUACACAGAUCAGCGUUCGCUUCUGAUAAGUUCCACAUGCUCGAUUGCCCUGUUGAGGUAACUUGGCGAUAAAGCGCUGCCUCAACAUGUGAACAUCCAAUUUUAUGGGCUUUAAACUUUAACCUCAGUUUAUUGGACAUGCCACACCCUCAAAACUGGCUCAUUUUCACUCGUGGAGGCAACAGGAUGCAGUCCAUUGUGUGUUUGUCACAUUCGGAAUGGUGCCGGACGACUCAGUGCCGCUUGCACCAGGGUUUAUUGAAGGGAAAAGACACGAUGACGGGAACAAACAGGCAGGGGAACAUAGUGACGUAUGGGCAGCAGAAAAGGACGGGAACCAGACGUGGGAAGAUCUAGACGGAGUGAAAACGAUAAGCAAGAUUUUUUACUGAUCAAAAAAUUACAGCAGGAAAACAGGCAGGACCAAACAG